GAGGAAUAAGGGACGAGGUUUGACAAUCUGAUUCGACUGGGAGCCAUGUUUUUCCUCAAGAUUGCCAGUGUCUCUGCUUUGGCGGCCCUUGCUGUGGCUGCUCCAUCACCAGUCAAACAUGUUCUUCACGAGAAGCGUGGAAGUCCAGCAACCGAUUGGGUCAAGGGCGCUCGCAUUGAGAGCUCUGCCAUUCUGCCGAUCCGAAUUGGAUUGACACAAUCGAACCUACCCAGUGGUCCUGAACUCUUAAAAUACAGAUCCGACCCCCGCUCUGAGAAAUAUGGCAAGUAUCUCUCCAUGGAGGAAGUCCAUGACUUGUUUGCACCGGUGGAGGACCACGUCCAGAGCAUCAAGGAUUGGUUGCACCAAGCAGGCAUUGACAAGUCGCGAAUUGUUCAUUCCGAUAACAAAGGCUGGCUCGCUUUUGAUGCCACUACCGAGGAGGCCGAACGUCUGUUCCAGACUGAAUAUUAUGAACACGAGCAUGUGCAAAGUGACCGCGUCCGAGUUGGAUGCGAUGAAUACCAUCUACCCGAACAUAUUGCUCGGCAUGUUGACUACAUUACUCCUGGAGUCAAGAUGACACAGGCCGUCAAACGUACAGUCAAGAAACAGAAGAGAGCCAGCAAUUCUCAGGCGUCCCGUACCUCUAUCCAUGCUCCGGUUCAUGACUUUGACCUCGGAAAUGGUCACUCCGGAUCAGACUCCGACCUUGCAAACUGUAGUUACAACAUGACGCCCCCAUGUAUUCGUGCAUUGUACGGCCUUCCCCUGCCUACCAAUAAGCCUAAUCCCGAUAAUGCACUGGGUCUCUAUGAACAGGGUGACUACUUUGCCAAGUCCGAUCUUGAUCUCUACUGGAAGAAUGUCUAUACCCAGGUGCCCCAGGGUACCUACCCCAAGCCGCAAUUGAUCGAUGGCGCCAACUAUUCUGUUCCUGCAUACAGUUCGUUGAAUAACGGAGAAUCAAAUAUCGACAUUGAGAUGGCAUUCUCCUUGGUCUAUCCUCAAGAAGUUGUUCUUUACCAGGUGGAUGAUCAGCUGUACGAGCCUGCUGAAGUCGCAACAACCAACUUGUUCAAUACGUUCUUGGAUGCUUUGGAUGGUUCUUACUGUACCUACACCGCCUACGGCGAGUCCGGCAAUGACCCCAACAUUGACCCUGUGUAUCCCGAUACUCGCGAAGGUGGAUACAACGGUCAGCUCCAGUGUGGUGUUUACAAGCCAACUAAUGUUAUCUCCGCAUCGUACGGUCAAAGUGAAAACGACCUUCCGAUGAAGUAUGUGGAGCGCCAAUGCAACGAAUUCCUCAAACUCGGACUUCAAGGCCACACCAUCAUGUUUGCUUCCGGUGACUAUGGUGUCGCAUCCUUCCCUGGUGACGGAGGUAACGCGAACGGCUGCCUUGGACCUGACGCUCAAAUCUUCAACCCCCAAUACCCGUCUGGAUGCCCCUACGUUACGUCGGUCAGUGGCACGAUGCUUUAUCCAGGCCAGAAAGUCACCGAUCCCGAGAGCGUCAUGUCCGUCAAUCUUGGUGGCACAGCCGCCAAUUUCUCCUCUGCCGGCGGAUUCUCAAACUACUUCACCCGACCUUGGUAUCAGGAACUGGCCGUCGAGGAAUACUUCCUCACUGCUAACCCUCCCUAUCCAUACUAUGCGGAACUAAACGUUAACUUCAACACGACAAAGGGUCGUUAUAACCGUAUUGGUCGUGGCUUCCCUGAUAUUGCUGCCAAUGGAGCUUACUUUGAGUCGUACCUGAAUGGCAAGCUUGUGCAUUUCUUUGGUUCAAGUUUGGCCAGUCCAUUAUUUGCCUCUGUUAUUACCCUUAUCAACGAGGAGCGCCUGGCUAUCGGAAAAGGACCCGUCGGAUUCAUCAACCCCGUUCUUUAUACAAAUCCUUGGGUUCUUAACGAUAUCACCAACGGAACCAACCUGGGCUGUGACACGCAUGGUUUCGCGGCCACCAAGGGCUGGGACCCAGCUACUGGACUCGGAAGCCCCAAUUACGCCAAACUCAAGGAGCUGUUCGUCCAUAUUCUACCUUAAAACUUUCUCCUAAAUCUUGGAAAAGAGAUUGUAAUUAACACAG